AUGCCAGCGGCAGCGACGAGCCGUCCUGGCGAGGCAUGGCGGCGGACGGGGCGGGCGGAGGAGCUGGUGGCGGGGCUGGCGGCGGGCGACGCGAAGGUGCGGCUGCGGGCGGUGCGCGACGUGAAGAACGCCGCCAUCGGCAGCCGCACGCGCAAGCUCGCCUUCAUCCGCCUGCGAGCCGUGCCCAGGUGCACCACCUCUCUUCCCCACGCGCCUCCCUCCUCUUGCGCCUCCCUCCUUCUCGCGCAACUUUUCUCUGCGCACCCCCCUCCUCCGCGCGCCGCGCCGCCCUCUUUCCCGCGCCUCCUUCCCGGCUCCCUCCCUUCCCCAAAACCACGGCUGCGCGCUGCACGCGGCCCUUUCUCCGUACCACCGCCCCACCCCGCGCCCUACUUUUUCUGCGCCCUGCUGCUUCCGCAUCUCCGUUCCCACUCCAUCCGAUUCUGUGGUGGAGGCAGCUGCAAGGUCACUGCGUUUGAUCUUCCAGUCCACUCAUGUGCUGCCACGUGGCAGCACUGCUGCAGGCGAUUGGCUUUCCCCUGCCCUCAGCCUGCUGCCGCCCCUACUCGCCUCCCCCAACGAGACAGUCGCAGAGGUGGCAGCGUGUGGGGCAGCGAGUGUGGCAGCGAGUGGGGCAGCGAGUUUGGCAGCGAGUGUGGCAGCGAGUUUGGCAGCACACUGUGGCAGCCAGUGUGCCAGCACACUGUGUGCACUCGCCACAGCUGCAGGCAGCUAGCAGCGGCAGGUGGGCUGCUGUCGCUCACACGCCUGCUCUCCUCGUCGCCCCGCUGCACCGAUGCUGCUCUGCUCGCCCUCGCAGCAGUUGUCAGGGGCAACCGGCAGCAGGCCGCUGCUCUUGUAGACAUGGGCGGGGGAGCAGCACUGGCGGCGGUGGUGAGUCUGACGCGCCAUCCAUCGCCCGCCACACGGCUCAACGCGUGCCGCUGCCUGCUGCACGUCGAGGCAGCCCUCUGGCCGCACGGCGGUGCCAUCACUGCCGUGCCGCGCUCCUUCCUCCAGCACCCCGCUCCCGCCCUCGCUGCCCUGCCUGCUCCUGCAACCACCGCUGUUCCACCUGCCACCACCGCUACUGCCCCUGUCUGUGCUGCUGGCGCCCCAUCCCCUGCCACAGCAGCUGCAGCAGCGGCUGCGAGGGGGAGGGUUGAGCGGGUUGCACGCAGCAGCGGCAGCGGCAGCGCAAGCAUUGCCAGUGAUGGGAAUGGGAGGGCGGGUGGGCGUGGGGGUGGAGUGAAACGGGAUGCAUGGGGCGGGUUGAAGGCAGGCGGGAUGACCAAGGGCGAUCGGAGCACGUGGUUGCGACAGCAAGGGCACGAGCAGGCGGCGUGUGGGCGGGAGAGUGAAGAGGGGCGGGCACAGCAUGUGGUGUGUGGGGCACUUUUGUCCCCUCGCACAGGGGCCCACGCGCCUGCCACCGCGCCCACACCUGCUACUGCUGCCAGUGGCGAGAAGCUGAUGCGUGUGGGGGUGGGCGUGGGCAUGGGAGUGGGCGCGGGGGCGGCAGCGGCGGUGGAUGUGAACGUGGCGGCGGUGGUGCUGGUGGCGCUCAUCAACCUGCUGCCUCUUCCUGACCAGGUCAGCCCCUCUCUGCUCUGCACCUCCGCACUCUGCUCACGCCGCCUCCGUUCCUUGUUGCUCCUCCAUACCGUUUACACCUCCUUCCCUUUGACGCGCCUCCAUCCACCAUUCCUGCCGUUCCCCUGGUACGCUCACCAUUUGGAAUGCUCUCCAGCUGUCCUUCAUUUCUGCAACCUCUCCUUCCCCUCUGCAAACCCCUCCCAAUGCCCCCUGCAAGCAAGCCCUCUUCUCUUCCCUGUCUUCCUCCCCCCUCCCCUCUCCCCACCAGGUGGGCGAGCAGGCGCCAAGGCUACUGCAGCAGCUGCUGGGCGGCAGGGAGGACGUGCAGUGGGCGGCCUUCAACGCCCAUGCGGCCUCUGA